CCAAGCAGCAAGCAGCAAGCACCAAUCACAGACCAGAUGACAAUGUUUACCUCCAUCAGCUGGGCAUGGCGGAGCACACCGCUGACCGAGGGUGGAGGGCUUGUAGUCAGUCUGCAACGCCAUCCCUGGUCAGUGUCACAUCAGUGUGGAGGAGUCUACUGAUUAAUUGCUCCGGCUAAUAUUCCCCAAGUAGUUGAUGCGACAAAGCAACGAGAAAUGUCUACUUUUGUCCUUUUUAUGAGGGCCCAUAUCAUUUCGCUGCUGAAUGGAUGCCAUACAACCUGGUACCCUUGGCUCCCGACUGGCUCCCCACUGGCUCCUUACUCCCAUGACAAAGUUCACUGUAUCGUCAUUUGACAACCCUGACAGAGAUGACAGUGCCGCCACUGACACAACCUCCGGACACAACUCUUCCCAGCCCCUGAGAGGGAAGAUUGUGCAGGGGAAAGAAGCAUGUGAUAUGUGGUACAGUGAAAUCAGCAAAUACGACUACAACAAAGCUGGCUACUCAAAUGGAACGGGUCACUUCACACAGAUGGUAUGGAAGAGCAGCAAAGGAACUGGGUGUCGGUAUCGCUAAGGGACACGACGGGAAGAUAUACGUUGUAGCCAACUAUCUACCGCCGCAGGAACUGCACAGGGGCACUUCCAGAACAAUGUAUUCCCACCAAAAUAAAUGUCUCUGUUAUUGUGAUUGAA